AUGCAACUCGCGUCGCGUGCGCUGCAAUGUCUUGGAGAUGCAGCCCUGCCAGAACUGUCUAUCAUGGAACCUCACUUGCGAGGUAGGAGUUUCGCGACGCGGAAAGGAUCGGCUCGAUCACUCACCAAGCAAACUGAUAGCUCUGUUACGGCAGAGACUCCGCCGUUGCAACAGGGGCAGCUUUCAUUGAACGGCCAGUGCUCAAGGUAUCCACCGACUCGUCUUGCAACAGCAGAAGACGCCAUUCAUAAAACCGUCUUCCUCGGCGAGUCGAGCCCCCUUACCUGUGUUGUGGACGAGGGUCGCCGCUCCCCCGACAAAGGGUAUGCACGCGGCAAUCAAAAAGGUCGGCUACACUACUCGAUUUCAGAGAUCAGCGGUGCGACCGAAAAUAGCGAGGAUACUCUCGGCCCCCGUCGCAAACUACUCCAUGAUCGCCUUACCCGUGAAGGGGCCUUAGUCUUCCCGUCACCGGCUAUUUGCGAUAGCCUUCUUCAAGCUUAUUUCGAUUGGCUCCAUCCAUGCUUCCCAAUCUUGGAUCGCGUUACGUUGCAGAGUAGCUACCAAGAUGGUCACUUAUCUCCGUUGCUCUUGCAAUCCAUGCUGUUCAUUGGGGUGAGUCUGUGCUCAGAUGUAGCUUUGAGCACCACAAAUCUUGGCGAUCGAUACCAAGCAAAGGAGGUGUUUUACCAAAGAGCAAAAGAUAUUUACGAUUCUGGCUGGGAGACCGACACGAUCACCAAAUUGCAAUCAUUGUUUCUCCUGAGCUUCUGGCGCGGAAGCCCGACCGAAGAGCGGGAUGUUCGAUUUUGGCUUGGAGCGGCGAUCAGUCUUGCUCAGAAAAAGGGCAUGCACGUUAUGUCCAAGCUGUCCUUUCUAAAUGUCAAUGACCAAAGAGUGUGGAAACGAAUUUGGUGGGCGUUAUAUGUGCGAGAUCAACAAACAUCAGCAGCGCUAGGACUGCCACCUCGAAUACGCGAUGAAGAUUGCCAAAUAGCAGAUCUUGAACCGUCCGACUUUGAGGAAAGUGGGCCAAUUGGACCCUCGGAGAUAUUCAGAGCACCGCCUGAUGUUCACGUCUCAUAUGUCAUUGGAAUGGCUCAAUUAGCCAGACUAUGUAUGCACAGUCUCUGUCCGCAAUUCUCAAAAGAUGCUAAUCAAUCAAAUCUAGUACGUGAAGUUGUGUCCAGUCAAUAUUUGCCUGGCCGAUCCAAGCUGGAGAAUCCAGAACGACCAAUGCUCCACCAAAGACUGGUCGAUUGGGAGUCUAAUCUCCCAAAGGACAUGCAAUUCCAAAUGCCCAUGAGUAGAGAGGCAAUGUUCCUCGUCGGGAUGCUUCACAUGGCCUAUAACAAUCUCUACGUGCUUCUUUACAGACCCCUUUUCUUACAGCCUCCAAGCCAGACCACUACCCAAGAAGGGAAUAUGGCACUGGAUGCAGCAACAAGAAGUACCAGAAUACUAGAAGACAUGCUUUCAGAGAAUCUGGUUCAACACGGGUCACUUCACUUAAUCACUCACACAUUCUCAGCCCUAUGUAUACACACAAUUCAUUUCGGUCGCGUCACCGGCACAGCCCGAAAAUUAGCCGAGCACAGAGCGAAACUCUGUCUGCUGGGGCUGAAAGAGUUACAAAAAUCCUGGGAUCUUGAAAAUUGGGUGCUGGAUCUAUUUUUCCGUUGCUUGGAUGACCGCACUGCUCGGGAUCUUCGACUUGCAGAUGUGAAUAUGCCUUCAUCAACAUCACAGCUACACGGCGAUAUUACAGAUACGCUCGCAUCUACUACCGGCCAGCCUCGACAGUUGUCACCACAGCCGAUAGAUAACGUACUGGCGACUCCUCAAAUGCCCGUCAAUAAUAGUCUUGCAGAGGAGGCUGCUAUCAACAUGGAUUGGUAUGAGCUUUUCAAUAUGGAAGGUGACGAUGUGAUGGGUCUUGCUGGGUCGUUGUCUAAUCCGGACUAUCUUAAUCCGCAGAACCUCGAGUUUCUGUAUCGAUUCCUAUAG